ACAAAUCAGCCCAUCAAAAAGGUCAACACACUUCUUCAUCUACUCACUGUACUAGCUCAGUUAACCAGAAAAGGAAAGACAACAACAACACUAGCUUCUCUUUAUCUCUCUCCCAUGGACAUCAAAUCAAUUCAAUCCAACAACAAUUAAUGGCCGCCACCCACAACACUAAACCCUGAAUCUACUUCUUACACCUACCCUUCAUUUCCACUCUCAUUUCUUGUUUUUCUUUCUCUCUCUCUCUCUCUCUAAAAACCCUCAUCGAUUUUUGUGCCAAACCCACAUCUACUCUCAUCAAUUAAUCUUGAAAAUCAAAACCCACUUCUCAUUCACCAAAAGAUUCAAUCUUGCACAAUACCCACUUCAAGAUCUGGUCUAUUUUUUUUCUGGGUAUUUUUAAUGGGGAGUAAAUGGAAGAAAGUGAAAAUGGCUUUAGUUUCUAAUCUUUGUGUUUACGUACCUACAUCUGAAACAGAUGACUCACCGCCGCCGCCGUAUUCCGGUGGGUAUUCCGAUGCCGCUUUGUUGUCUCCGGCGCCGGUUACUCGUCCGGCUUCUCCAAGUUUACGUUUGUCUAAAAGCUUCAACAGAUCUUCUAAGAAAACGUGCACGAUAUGCUUAGCUUCAAUGAAACGCGGGGAAGGCCAAGCUAUUUUUACAGCAGAAUGUUCACAUUCAUUCCAUUUCCAUUGUAUAGCUUCAAAUGUGAAACAUGGUAAUCAAAUCUGCCCGGUUUGCAGAGCAAAAUGGAAAGAAGUUCCGUUACAGGGCUCUGCUGGCUCGGGCCCUCCAUUAGGAAGAACAAGAAUAAAUCCUGUAAAUUGGACGCAAGACCAUUCGGUGAUGACUUUACUCCGCCCAAUACCACCUCGUCCAAACAGCCCUCGCCAUGCUGCCUCCCCGAUUUUUCCAGGUCCGGAACCGUCCGUUUUUAAUGAUGACGAACCAUUGGACACCAAAAUUUCAAAUAAACCUUCUUCAGAAAAUUCUUGUUUGAAAAGGGUAUUAGUCAAAACAUACACUGAAGUUCCAGCAGUUCCACGAUCAAGUGCUGCAAAUGAUUUUACGGUCUUGAUCCACCUCAAAGCUCCGUCUUCCAUUGCUGGGAUUAAAUCUAGCACACACCAAGGUCCCACUUUUAACCAAGUUAGCCAGACCCCACGUGCUCCUGUCGAUCUCGUCACCGUUCUUGAUACAAGUGGUAGCAUGGCAGGUACGAAGCUAGCUCUUUUGAAGCGGGCCAUGGGUUUUGUGAUACAGAAUCUUGGACCUGCUGAUAGGCUGGCUGUGAUUGCCUUCUCCUCCAAUGCUCGCCGCCUCUUUCCCCUUAGGAAAAUGUCAGAUACAGGAAAGCAACAAGCGCUACAGGCUGUCAAUUCUUUGGUGGCAAAUGGUGGCACCAAUAUUGCUGAAGGUUUGAGAAAAGGUGCAAAGGUGAUGGAAGACCGAAGGGAGAACAACCCUGUUGGGAGUAUCAUUUUAUUAUCAGAUGGACAAGACACUUAUACUGUGAAUGGUAGUUCAAAGUGUGGCGGACAGAAAGAUCAGUCAACAAAUUAUGAAUUACUUCUUCCCAAGUCUAUUCAUGGCGGUGAGGGAAACUCCGGAAUCAAAAUACCGGUCCAUGCAUUUGGGUUCGGGACGGACCAUGAUGCUUCUUCAAUGCACUCUAUUUCUGAGAUUUCGGGUGGAACAUUUUCAUUUAUUGAGACUGAAGGUGUGAUUCAAGAUGCAUUUGCACAAUGUAUAGGCGGACUUUUGAGUGUUGUGGUUAAAGAUGCUAGAGUGAUCCUCAAGAGUGUGAACCCUGAUGUUAUUGUCCGAUCUUUAAAGGCUGGUAGCUACAAGAAUCACUUGAUGGCGGAUGGGAAAUCUGGUUGCAUUGACGUGGGAGAUUUGUAUGCCGAUGAAGAGAGGGAUUUUCUUGUUUCAGUCAACAUCCCAACAGAGUUGACUUCGAAUGAGACUUGUUUGUUAAAGGUGAGAUGUCAUUACAUUGAUCCAUUCACCAAAGAAACUGUCAACUUAGAGACUGUGGAUGUGGGGAUCAGAAGACCAGAAAAUCUUGGCAAUGAAGUUGCUGUGUCCAUUGAAGUCGAUAGACAAAAAAAUAGGUUACAAGCAGCAGAAGCCAUGCUAAAAGCUAGAACUGCAGCGGAAGAAGGUGAUAUGGCACAAGCCAUUGAUACCCUCGAGAACUGCAGGCGGAUUCUCUCUGAGACGGUCUCGGCUAAGUCAGGCGACCGUCUCUGUGUUGCACUGGAUGCCGAACUCAAGGAGAUGCAAGAGAGGAUGGCUAGUAGACACAUGUAUGAAGCAUCAGGAAGGGCUUACAUAUUAUCAGGGCUAAGCUCACACUCAUGGCAACGAGCGACGAUGCGUGGAGACUCAACUGACCGUUCAAGCCUGGUUCAAUCCUACCAAACCCCGUCAAUGGUUGAGAUGGUGACUCGAUCUCAAGCUUCUCUUUUGGGCAGCCCUUCGGCACAAAGAUUGGUUCGUCCUAUAUGGUCAUUUGCAUCACCAAAACCAAGGUAGGGCUAACAUUUCGUUUUUGGGGGUUAGGAAGCACGAUUUUGGGUGUCGAUACUUUCGUGCUUUAGAUGUGUAAAGCAAUAAAGGUGUUUAGAUUGGGCAAAGGGGUAUAAAUGGUGAAAGGGGGAAAGAUAAGGGGGGUUUAGGUUUCUUGAUUUUGUUUUUGUGGUUCAAAUGUUCUUCCUUGUGUAAUUUUUUGGGGGUGAUGUACAUAAGGAGAAAUGGUUAUUUUUUUCUUUCCUUUUUUCUUUUGUGGGGGUAUAAGGUUGUAAUUGCGGGGGGGAUAAUUGGGGGUGAAUGGUUUGGUUCCAUUAUGAUAUGACAUAAGAUUUAAGACAUCUAUUGUCCUAUAAAUGUGAUUCUUUCACAAAAUUUUUUGUGUUUCAUUUUAUUUUUACUUUGAUGUGGUUGGUGAUUUCGUAUAUGUCCUCUUCCAUAACCUGCCUAAUGGGAUUGGGUAUACCGUUGUUGUAUGGAUUCUCUCUUUGUGAACACUAGGAUUUGGGUGGUUUAGUUGUUAUUUGGAAGAAAAAGAAAAGUUGCCCAUGAAGUUGACCGUUUUCACAUAGUAAGGUGUAAGGUAGGUGUACCUUUUAAUAAUACAUAUCACGUACAAGUCAAUGUACAAGUCUUCCUUUCCUUUGUAAAAUAUGCAAGGUGGGUCUUAAAGGUUGAAGCUUUAUUACAAGUGAGGUACAGCUUUUAAUACAAAAGUUAUAAGGUGCUACUUUUAAUGCACAUACAAGAUGCAAUUGUUAGUAGAUGACCAAUUUUACAUAUUUGUAAGCCAAAAAGGGAUGAUGGAGGCUUUGGUGUUUUUCCAUUGUAAGGUACAACUUGUAAUGCAUUGGAUAUGAGUGUUGUAAUGUUUUGAAGGGGUUUAAACCCUUGUUGCAUGAACAAUGGAAAGUGAGUUUUGAUUGA